CACCAAGCCCUUCAUCUCCAUCACGGCCCAGAGCAGCACUGAGUCUGCGCAGGACGCUUACAUGGACGGUCCCGGGACACGGUGCGAGCCCGUCCUCCACUCUGGCCUGAGCAAUUCCACUGAGAGCAUUGACAGCAUGAAAGCGCUGACGGCAGCCAUCGAGGCAGCCAAUGCUCAGAUCCACGGCCCUGCCAGUCAGCACGUCAGCAACAGCACCAUCACCAUCAGCACUACACCCCCCUCUCCGCUGCCCAUGCCCAUGCCUGUGCCCGUCCCCGUCCCCAUCCCCAUACCAGCCCUGGAAGACGUCCGCAGGGAUGUGCUCAGGAAGAGCAGGUGCCUUUCUAUUGGCAUCCAGGUGGAUGGGCCUGAGGACCAGGAACUGGAGGACCAGUACAAAUUUCAGUCAGUGGGGAUUCAAGUUGAGGAAGAGCAUGGUCACCGGCGGUUCAAGCGCUCUAACAGCGUGACGACAGCGGUACAGGCUGAUCUGGACACUCUGGACUACACACCAGCUGACUCUCCUGUCACAGAUUUCCCCUCCUCGGGCUGCUUGUCACGGCAGUACUCGCGUGAUGCCGCCACCUCCACCGUCAGCAUCCAGGGCUCAGGGAAUCACUACCACGCCUGCACCUCAGAUGAGUAUGAGGACGUUGGCUUUGAUCCCUCCAUCCUGCCUCCACCUGACCCAUGGAUUGAUAGCGUAACAGAAGAUCCCUUGGAAGUCGUAGGCCGCUCUGUGUGUCAGCGUGACGGCCACUGGUUCCUAAAGCUGCUGCAGGCAGAGACAGAACGUAUGGAGGGCUGGUGCAGGCAGAUGGAGCACGACGAGAAGGAGAACAAGCUACCUGAUGAAAUCCUGGGGAAGAUCCGCAGUGCAGUGGGAAGUGCACAGCUGCUUAUGUCCCAGAAGUUUCAGCAGUUCAGGGAACUGUGUGAGGAAAAUCUGCAGAACCCAAACGCUCACCCACGGCCAGUGGCUCAAGAUCUCGCAGGGUUCUGGGACAUGCUUCAACUUUCCAUUGAGAAUAUCAGCUUAAAGUUCGAUGAGCUUCACCAGCUCAAAGCCAACAACUGGAGACCCCUCGACCCCCCCGAAAGAAAGGAGAGAAGGCUGCCUCCCCCAGUGCCAAAGAAACCCCCGAAAGGCCACCCUCCCCUGGCCAGAGAUCGCUCGCUGGAAAGCACCGAGAAGCAGCGUCAAGAGGCGCGCAAACGUUUGAUGGCGGCCAAACGAGCUGCUUCAGUACGGCAGAACUCGGCCACAGAGAGCGCAGACAGCAUCGAGAUCUAUAUACCUGAGGCCCAGACCAGACUAUGAAACUGCCAAACACACGAAAACGCACUCACACACGAACGCCCAAGUGCAGAAUUCUGCCAUGAGCACAACACGUCACACAGAUCUAUAUCUGCCUAAUGCUAAGAUCACUGUAAAUUAGGAGAGCCAUACACCAGCACCAUGAUAGCACAGAAGUGGUAAUUUGACCUUUCAUUAUUUAAAAAAUGACAACCAACAUAGAUGUACAUCAUAUUUCUAUGACCCCAAGAUGUUAGUCAGGAAAAAUUACUUGUUUAAUUUUACACAAAUGAAAACGAGGCUGUAGGUUGUACUGUCUUAUGGUCAAUCUAAUUUUCACCGCCCAUGUUUUCCUGUUUUGUUUUUUUUUUCUUAUUAUUUUCUCCUGGAAGUUUUUGGAAAUACUUUUUCAGGGUCCAUUAAAUGUCCUGAACGUCCAGUGGGGGAAAUGGUCAAGGGACUUUAGUUUUGUUCUUUUUUUAGUAUUAAUGCUCUUAAAAACAAUAAAAUUCUUAAAACAAGA